GUUGACAGUAGUCAGUAAGCAAAUGCUCGGUGGAAAGUAUAUUAACUUAAAAUCGAAGUUUGUAACUUAUUAGUGAUUUGCAUUAUAGUUUAAUUUGAUUGUGCUGUUUAAAGAAAAUCAAACCUCGUUUAUAAAUAGUUUUAAUUUUACGUUGGUGUAUUAAAAUGAAUAUUAAGACUAUGGUUUCGUUUUUGACAUUCAGUAAAGGAGACUAAUAUCUGCUGAAAAUAAGAUUUUAUCAUAGAAUCGGGAAUAUUGUUGUUUUCUUAUUUGUUGAUACGCACCUUUAUGAAUAUGUCAUCGCCCAGUGCUGGGAAAAGACGUAUGGACACUGAUGUUAUUAAAUUAAUUGAAAGUAAACAUGAAGUAACUAUCCUGGGAGGAUUAAAUGAAUUCUGUGUAAAAUUUUAUGGACCUCGAGGAACUCCUUACGAAGGAGGCAUUUGGAAAGUGCGUGUUCACCUUCCUGAGCAUUAUCCCUUCAAGUCUCCUUCCAUAGGCUUUAUGAAUAAGGUCUACCACCCCAAUAUAGAUGAAGUGUCAGGGACUGUGUGUCUUGAUGUUAUAAAUCAAGCUUGGACAGCCCUUUAUGAUUUGUCCAACAUUUUUGAGUCCUUCUUGCCUCAACUUCUUACAUAUCCGAAUCCAAUUGAUCCUUUAAAUGGUGAUGCUGCAGCUAUGUAUUUACAUAAACCUGACGAGUACCGGAAAAAAGUUCACGAAUAUGUAAGGAAAUAUGCUACAGAAGAAGCUCUUAGAGAACAAGAACAGCAAGCUGUUUCAUCCGACAGUGAAUCAUCAAUGUCUGAUUUUAGUGAAGAUGAAGCGCAAGAUAUGGAAUUAUAACAAAGGAUUUUUUCACGAGAGAUGUAUAUAGAGCCUAAUAAAAGUUUUGUAUUAUAAAGUGAUUUUUAUGGAACAAGUUUUGAAUGAAAGAGGAAAUACUUGCAUGUUCUUAUCUAGUUAUUUUGUAUUAAAAUAUUUAGUUAACUUUGGUUACAUACAUACUGUGGUUGUUUUAAACACACCAUUCAAAACAAUACUUUAGUACCCAGGGCUUAUUGAUUAUUUUUUUUUUUUUAAUAUGUUGAUUUCCUUAUACCUCUUGCAUAUUGGUUUAUGCUUGAGCUAGUAAAUACGAUUUUAGUGCUUGUGUGAUAUAACUUAUAUGUUGGUUUUUUACCUUUGAGUCAAUUUAAACUUACAGAUUUCAAACUUUUGUUUCUUUAUAUUUGAACCA